AUGUUUAGUACAAUGCUUGUUAAGUGGGUGGGAUUAAUUACGAUAUUAGCUCUAACGACAGUAAAAUGUGACAACAUAGAAAAACGAAUAGCCGGUCUCAAACAGCGACUGAGACAAGAAAUAGAAGAAGAUCAGAGAACAACUGACUCCAAGGAACCAGGAGCAAAAACCAAGCCUUUCAAACUACACGACUAUUACGACUUUGUAGUCCCAAUAUCUGACAAAUCCCUUAUAAAACCGAUAAUGGAAAAUUACAUUAAACCUAAUAACCAUAAUAUUGUCAAAGGAAAUCUGAGUACAAAUCAUGACUUAGAAUUGCCAAAACGACAACAGAACAUCCCAAAAAAGAAAAAACUAGAAAGACUUCCUAUCAACCAGGUACAUAACAAGAACCGUGUCACUCCAGCCAAUAUAUUCCAUCGACGAUUCUAUUUAGACGAGGAAGAAAGAAACAAACCACAGAGAUGGACGCAUUGUUUGGAUCUAAUCACACCAAGAUUAAAAGGCUACAAAGAUGACUGGGCACCUAAACAGGUCUCGCAUAACGACGGAGAUGUACGCAGAUUGGCACAUUUGCUUAAUUUGAAUACAUCUGAAUAUACGAAAGAAGAAAUUAUAUCGACGCUGUACCAAAUAAGUAAUAUAAGGCUAAGAAUAUUUCAAUGGGACUACACAGCACUGACAACCAUUUUGAACAUUAUUAUAAAAAGUUCAACGCAUGACUUUCGCUCAUUAAAGGGUGGUUUAAAAGAAUUAUUCAAAAGAUGGCACUUGGAUACAUCGAUGGUAGCUACGUUUUUGAAGCAAACCAGAAUAUUUAGACCUCCUUGCAUCGAGGUUUCGGAAUAUGGAGGAUCCACGAAAACCACGGGUGGUGUCAGAAUUUCUAAGCCAUACAAGCAGCAAAAUGAUAAAGACGGGGAUGGAGACGAUUGUGAUGAAAUCAAUUGA